AUGCACAUUUCUGAAUAUGGUAUUCCAAAUUGCUCAUCUGCUACAUAUAUAUCAAUCAUUAUUUUCGUUGCAACAACAGAAACCUCGACGGCAAGUACACAGAGCAGCACUGCAACACCAGCCUCUUCAUCAACUCCUGCAUCAACAACUACAUUAGGAGCAACAACUGCAGGGAGCUCUACUCCAGCAUCGACCAGCAUCUCAGCAUCACCACUCACUACCAUAAGUGCAACAUCAGAAACUUCGACUGCAAUUGCACAGACCACCACUGCAGCAGUGAGCUCUGCAUCAACUCCAAAGUCAACAAGUCCCACAGCACAAACAACGGCAAGCAGCUCCACUCCAGCAUCAACAGCUGAAUCAACGACCAUCGCAACAACAAAAGCAACAAGUGCAGAAACCACAACUGCAAGUGUGCAGAGCACCACUGCCGCAUCUAGCACUGCAUCAACUCUCACGUCAACAAGUACACCAGAAUUAACAACUACAAGCAGCUCCACUCCAGCAUCGACGGCCGAAUCAACAACAAUCGCAACAACACAAGCAACAAGUGAAACCCUGACUGCAAAUACCAGCACUGCAACACCAGACUCUUCAUCAACUACUGCAUCAACAACUCUAUCAGGAGCAACAACCGCAGGAAGCUCUACUCCUGCAUUGACCAGCAUCUCAACAUCACCACUCACUACCACAAGUGCACCAUCAGAAACUUCGACUGCAAGUGCACAGACCACCACUGCAGCAGUGAGUUCUGCAUCAACUCCAACAUCAACAAGUCCAACAGCACAAACAACGGCAAGCAGCUCCACUCCAGCAUCGACAGCUGAAUCAACGACAAUCGCAACAACACAAGCUACUGCAACAAGUGCAGAAACCACAACUGCAAGUGUGCAGAGCACCACUGCCGCAUCGAGCACUGCAUCAACUCUCACGUCAACAAGUGCAGCAGAAUCAACAUCUACAAGCAUCUCCACUCCAGCAUCGACGGCUGAAUCAACAACAAUCGCAACAACACAAGGCAUGACAACAAAUGCUGAUUAUCAUAAUACAUGUUUAUGUUGCAACCUGAUACCUUGAAAUGUAAAGCAGGAUUAUGUCUAUCUACAGAAAUAAAAACAAAAUAGUGCAUUUUU